AUGAUUUCGUUGAAUCGCCUAAUAUUUAUAUAUUUUAUUCUUCAAUGUUACAACUCAAUAGUUGCUUCGAUCGAUUACGGAUCGGCUGCUGAUUGCCCGAAAGCAACGAAAUAUGGCACCGGGCCGCCGGCUGAUUGCGUUCAGCCGAGCGAUCCCAACAAUCUGCCGAAAUCCGAGCUCGAAUCAUGGUUCACAAAAGAAAUGUUUGAGGACCUUUUCCCGUUCUCGAACCUCGGCUGGGGACCACACAGUUGUUGGCCGUACUCGUACGAAGCGUUCAUCAUCGCCGCGCGCUAUUUCCCCGAAUUUGGAACAUCGAUCAAUGUGACGAAUCAGAUCUACACUGCCGAUGAGAAUAAGAAGCGAGACUUGGCGGCAUUUUUCGCGCACGCCAUCCAGGAGACUGGCGAAAAUAAUAUCGCGCUCUAUGACACCAUGGAAACGCAAGAAGCCUCGAAUUGCUUCUAUCGAGGAGGAUUCUACAAUUGGUUCGAAGGCGGUCCGACGAGCUCGUUCCUCGAUCCCAAGACUCCCGGCUAUCAGCCGAUCGAUGGCAACUCGUGCAGCGCGGCGGGAAAGUAUUGCUUGGAUUCACCGCAAAUCACCUACUUCUACGCGUGCUCGACACGCAACUCGACGAACGAGGCGGCGCCGUUCCGCGGAUGCUAUUUCGGUCGCGGCGCAAUCCAAAUCUCCUACAACUACAAUUAUGGGCAAUUUCAAGAUUGGCUCGCCACGCGCAACAUUCGCGUCGAUUUGUUGAACGAGCCGAAUCUGGUGAUGACGAAAAUGGAUCCGCCGCUCGCGGUUCUCGCGUCCGUCUGGUUCUACAUGACGCCGCAGCCGCCGAAGCCGGCGAUGCACGACAUCGUGAUGGGCAACUGGAAUAGCGGCGCGACGAACGCGGCGGCUGGAUACGCCGGACCGAUUUUCGGACCGACGAGUCUCAUCAUCAACAAUGAGUGCUCCGGCGAAGACGCCGCCAAUCCCGGUGGUCCCGGCGAAUCGCGGCGAAUCAAGGCGUUCAAAUGGUUUUGCGGCUAUUUCGCCGUCCCAACCGGCGCCGACGUGACGCUCUCAUGCAAAAAUAUGCCUGUGCCACUUGAUCAAAUCAAACAGAAUCUCAGCUGGCAGCCGGACUGGUCGACGACGUGGAAAGAGGUGCCGUGUCAGUGUGCUCCGGCGAGCUAUGGAGGAUUGAUCUACUACUAUGAUCCCGAGUUCUACCCAGCGAAGUUCGCCGAUCUCAAUGAUCACAACCGUCUGAAAUGCAUUGCCAGCGUCUACGCGAAUCCGCAAAUGUAUUCGAUGGACAAUAAGUCAUCACCAUGCUUAAAUUAUUGA